AUGGGAGUUCGAGGAGCGUUCCACCUUCUGCUCGUGUGCCUGAGCCCAGCACUGCUGUCUGCUGUGCGGAUCAACGGGGACGGCCAGGAGGUCCUAUACCUAGCAGAAGGGGACAGUGUAAGACUAGGCUGCCCCUACAUCCUGGACCCUGAGGAUUAUGGUCCCAGUGGGCUGGACAUCGAGUGGAUGCAGGUCAAUUCAGACCCUUCACAUCGCGAGAAUGUGUUCCUUAGCUACCAGGACAAGAGAGUCAAUCAUGGCAACCUCCCCAACUUGCAGCAGAGGGUCCGCUUUGCAGCCCCAGACCCCAGCCAGUAUGAUGCCUCCAUCAACCUCAUGAACCUACAGGUAUCAGACACAGCCACUUAUGAGUGCCGGGUGAAGAAGACCACCAUGGCCACCCGGAAGGUCGUCGUCACCGUCCAAGCUCGGCCCGCAGUGCCCAUGUGCUGGUCUGAGGGCCACAUGGUACAUGGCAACGAUGUGGUGCUAAAAUGCUAUGCCAGUGGGGGCACCCCGCCUCUCUCCUACAAGUGGGCCAAGAUCAGCGGGCAGACCCACCCCUACCGUGCAGGAUCCUAUCAUUCCCAGCACAGUUUCCACUCUGAGCUGUCCUAUCAGGAGUCCUUCCACAGCUCCAUGAAUCAAGGUCUGAUGAACAACGGUGAUCUGGUGUUGCAGGACAUCUCCAGUGAGCAGGAUGGGCUGUAUCAGUGCACCGUGGCCAACCACGUGGGCUACAGUGUGUGUGUGGUGGAGGUGAAGUCCUCAGACUCCCGGCGUGUAGGCGUGAUCGUCGGCUCAGUGCUGGGCUCUUUGCUCCUGCUGGGCUGCCUGCUGCUGGGCAUCUGGGGGCUCAUCUGCUGCUGCUCCGGUGGAGCCGGGGCUGGUGGCUCCGGCGGUGCCUUUGGCUAUGGCAACGGCGGCUGCGGCAGAGGGGCCUGCGGAGACUUGGCUAAUGAGAUCAGGUAA